CACUUUCUAGAGGUGAGAUUUGGGUGAGCUUGAUGGGAUCUUCCGCAAGUACUCCUCGUCAUUCUCUGCUGAUCGAAUCUUUGCGGAAUGCUGGGAUAAAACCCUUAGAAACUACUGCCGCUUCCUGUUCUUGGACGUUGAACGACUAUAUAAAUCAGAGUCAUGUUUCCUCACGAUGGCAGCAAAACGGUCGUCCCAUUCCUUUGUGUAUUGAAUUCCUUAGGUCCAUUAUUGUUGAAUUCGCUCGAUUGGAGUCCAUUGGAAUAAAGCAUGGAUUCAUCGGACCUGAGCAUUUCGACAUCGACGACGACGGCAGACUCAAGGUCGUCAAAAUUCCACCACCUACUAGUCUAAUGAGAGAAGUAACGGCCAGCGAUAGGACAUACAGGGAAGUAAUUCGAGAAAAUCUGGUUUUAAAAUUACUUGGCGACCCAAACACGUAUGGAGCUGAAGAGUACAGGCACUUUGUUCAAAGUAUAACCUCAAUAAAUCUGUUUAAGAACCUGUGGUAUCAUCCUUCAUUGCAGUCAUCAAUGGAAAAGUUCCAUUUCCCCCUUGAUGCCAAGAUUUGGCUUAAUUGCCAUGAUCUUUGUCGCGAGUGGAAAAAUAAGUGGAGAAACAUGUCCAACAAAGAUAGGCCGUAUUACAAAUAUACUAUGGAAGAGCUGAAAGAGAAGAUCGGAGCUUACUCAAACGGUUUUCUUCGUGUUGUUUUGGAUAUGGAAACGGAAACAAAAGAGAAAGAAAGACUUCAUGAAAUAAGAGCUGAGCAACGGCCGGAAUAUUUGAGAAAAGAGAAGAAGCAAAAGAAUAGAGUUGACGUGGUCACAAUAUUUAAAAUAGUAAGGAAUAUUACCAUUCGCAUAGUUGAGACGCUCAGGAAAGCUGGAGAAGAAGUUAUGACUCAAUUACAAGUCGUAAAAGCUCUUCAAGAAUUAUUCCCUGGGUUUCUCCUCGAUUUGUAUGAUUUUCUUGUGCGCAUUGACAAUGCCAACUUGGGAUUCCUGUAUGUACCAUCCAUAACGGCCAGUCAGUAUUGAGGUAUUGGCAAGCAGUUAAAUGGUGAGACCUCAGGAAGAAGGAAGAAAAAAAAACAUUGCCAAUAUAGAUGCUUUAUUUGCAACUAGGAGGACUAUACUUCAGCUAGACUUACUUCGGUCACCUGGCCUGGCCAUAAAAACGUUUGUCAUGGAUAAUAGCAGUUUAGACUUGAUUUUUAUCAGUUUGUGUAAUAGCAAGUUUGCUUAUAGAGGUGAAAUCACUCCUUACAAUCAUAGAAAAAUUAGUGUGAAUCGUAAAAAUUGAGGAUUGUAAUUUAAUUAUGACGCCCAUAUUGAUUUGCUUAGUUGUUUAUUUUUUCAUUGAGGAUUGUAAUUUAAUUAUGAUGCCAAUAUUAAUUUGUUUUUCCUUUCUUUUAAAAAAAAUAAAUAAAAAAA